GUCUCCCGGCACGGGUCCUCGUUUGCGCACGCGUCAUUUCUUUCCUCCAGCGUCCCCGCCCCUUCUCCUCCGGCCGCCACCAGUUACGCUUGGCCAGUUGCGUUCGUGCGGCGACGUCCACGCAUUUUCUGACGUAGCGAGCGACGGCGGGGAGCCGAGCGGAAGUCCAGCACUGUUGCCGCUAGAGGAGGGGAGGGGUGAGAAGCAUAAGUGGCACCGGAAGUGGAAUUAAUCCGCCUACCUCUCCUGCGCCUGCGAAACAGAAAAGACAAGGCGCCUGUCGGGAGGGGUGUGGCUUCGGGUGGCGGAGAACGCUGCGAUUGGCCCUCGGCUGUGGCGACAGCGACGAUUGGUCCCUGCGUGCAGAGCGCGGUGAGAGUGGGUGGCGGCCGUUGGAAUUCAAAAGUGGCGGGUGUGGCGCGGGGCUGGUAGCGGCCGGAGCCGUGCGAGUUCUCUACCCUGCUUCGCGAGCGGGCGAGAGAACGCGAGUCCCAGGAUCUCCGGCACCCAGUUCUCUUCCACUGCAUUCCCCCGGCGCGUGUGGGACCGAGGUGGACAUGGAUCCGCAGAGGUCCCCCCUAUUGGAAGUAAAGGGGAACAUAGAACUGAAGAGACCUCUGAUUAAGACCCCUUCCCGGCUACCUCUCUCAGGAAGCAGACUCAAGAGGAGGCCUGACCAGAUGGAAGAUGGCCUAGAGCCUGAGAAGAAACGGACAAGAGGCCUGGGUGCAACGACCAAAAUUACCACAUCCCACCCAAGAGUUCCAUCCCUCACUACAGUGCCACAGACACAAGGCCAGACCACAGCUCAAAAAGUUUCCAAGAAGACAGGACCCCGGUGUUCCACAGCUAUUGCCACAGGGUUGAAGAACCAGAAGCCAGUUCCUGCUGUUCCUGUCCAGAAGUCUGGCACGUCAGGUGUUCCUCCCAUGGCAGGAGGGAAGAAACCCAGCAAACGUCCAGCCUGGGACUUAAAGGGUCAGUUAUGUGACCUAAAUGCAGAACUAAAACGAUGCCGUGAGAGGACUCAAACAUUGGACCAAGAGAACCAGCAGCUUCAGGACCAGCUCAGAGAUGCCCAACAGCAGGUCCAGGCCCUGGGGACAGAGCGCAGAACACUGGAGGGGCAUUUAGCCAAGGUACAGGCCCAGGCUGAGCAGGGCCAACAGGAGCUGAAGAACUUGCGUGCUUGUGUCCUGGAGCUGGAAGAGCGGCUGAGCACGCAGGAGGGCUUGGUGCAAGAGCUUCAGAAAAAACAGGUGGAAUUGCAGGAAGAACGGAGGGGACUGACAUCCCAACUAGAGGAGAAGGAGAGGAGGCUGCAGACAUCAGAAGCAGCCCUGUCAAGCAGCCAAGUAGAGGUGGCAUCUCUGCGGCAGGAGACCGUGGCCCAGGCAGCCUUACUGACUGAGCGGGAAGAACGUCUUCAUGGGCUAGAAAUGGAGCGCCGGCGACUGCACAACCAGCUGCAGGAACUCAAGGGCAACAUCCGUGUAUUCUGCCGGGUCCGCCCUGUCCUGCCGGGGGAGCCCACUCCACCCCCUGGCCUCCUCCUGUUUCCCUCUGGCCCUGGUGGGCCCUCUGAUCCUCCAACCCGCCUUAGCCUCUUCCGGUCUGACGAGCGGCGUGGGACCCUGAGUGGGGCACCAGCUCCCCCAACUCGCCAUGAUUUUUCCUUUGACCGGGUAUUCCCACCAGGAAGUGGACAGGAUGAAGUGUUUGAAGAGAUUGCCAUGCUUGUCCAGUCAGCCCUGGAUGGCUAUCCAGUAUGCAUCUUUGCCUAUGGCCAGACAGGCAGUGGCAAGACCUUCACAAUGGAGGGUGGGCCUGGGGGAGACCCCCAGUUGGAGGGGCUGAUCCCUCGGGCCCUGCGGCACCUCUUCUCUGUGGCCCAGGAGCUGAGUGGUCAGGGCUGGACCUACAGCUUUGUAGCAAGCUACGUAGAGAUCUACAAUGAGACUGUCCGGGACCUGCUGGCCACUGGAACCCGGAAGGGUCAAGGGGGCGAGUGUGAGAUUCGCCGUGCAGGGCCAGGGAGUGAGGAGCUCACUGUCACCAAUGCUCGAUAUGUCCCUGUCUCCUGUGAGAAAGAAGUGGAGGCCCUGCUUCAUCUGGCCCGCCAGAAUCGGGCUGUGGCCCGCACAGCCCAGAAUGAACGGUCAUCACGCAGCCACAGUGUAUUCCAGCUACAGAUUUCUGGGGAGCACUCCAGCCGAGGCCUGCAGUGUGGGGCCCCCCUCAGUCUUGUGGACCUGGCCGGGAGUGAGCGACUUGACCCCGGCUUAGCCCUCGGCCCUGGGGAGCGGGAACGCCUUCGGGAAACACAGGCCAUUAACAGCAGCCUGUCCACGCUGGGGCUGGUUAUCAUGGCCCUGAGCAACAAGGAGUCCCACGUGCCUUACCGGAACAGCAAACUGACCUACCUGCUGCAGAACUCUCUGGGUGGUAGUGCUAAGAUGCUCAUGUUUGUGAACAUUUCUCCACUGGAAGAGAACGUCUCCGAGUCCCUCAACUCUCUACGCUUUGCCUCCAAGGUGAACCAGUGUGUUAUUGGUACUGCUCAGGCCAACAGGAAGUGAAGACGGAUCCAGAUGUGUGUGUGUGUGUGUGUGUGUGUGUGUGUGUGUGUGUGUGUGUGUGUGUGUCCGUAUGUCUAUGUAUCGGGUGAGGGGUGGGAGGGUUGCUGGAGGGUGCUUUAUUGGGUGGAGGGCACCAUGUCCCAGGGCUAUCAAAUAAAGAAUAGGUUUUUUUUUUUAAAUAAAGGUUUUAUUAGCAUUUGCCCAAGAAGGCAGAUACUUUCAUAUCUGUAAAGGUGGGAGCUGUGAUCUGUUCCCUCUGCCAAACGUUUAUGUGGGAGGCGGGAGCGGGGGCUGAGGGCUUCGUCUUUUUUCCCCUCUGCUAUCACCGGUUCUGGACCUUGGCCUGGAUCAUCUUCCCCUCUGCUAAUACCCCCUACCCCGUCCGUCACAUCAGGGAGGUGUGCCCUCUAGCUAUCCACGCCCCCUCCUUGGUCACUAGUUAUAGGUAAUUUUCACCCUUCCGCCGGCCACCCCAGCCCCAGGGAAGAACGUUCCUUUGGUGGGUGUCGGCAAAUGGGGACCGGACCCGAGUCCAGAGGCGGGGCUAGCGCGCGCUCCCAAACUGCUGGCUCUUUCCUCCCGCCCUUUCCCUGCCUUUCCGUUCGAACGGCUGGGGCUCUGCCCGCUCGCUGCCCAUUGGCUGGCUCUCGGUGGCGUCACCGCCUCAGGUCCUCGCCCCCUUCGUCUGCGCCAGCCCUAGAAGCACGGGGCGGGACGUCCCCGGGAAGCGGCGCGCACGCCCGCCGACUCCCUCGCGCCAACCGCCGACGGCCGCCGCCCGGUGAAGGAGGGGCUCAGUCCUCCCAGGUGCCGCGCGCAGGAGGGGACACGCGUGCGCAAAAGGGCGGUGGGUGGGGCGCGACUCGCCACGGGGAGGGCGGGGCUGGGGCUAACAGCGAGUGGAGGGCGGGGCGCGCGAGGGAGGAGGGCGUGGUGGGGGCAUCGAGAAGGGUGAAUGGAGGGCGGGGCUGUGAACUGGGGCCGGGGGGCGGGACUUGGAGUGACCAUGGGGGGUGGGGCAGCUAACGGAUGUGGCAUGGGGCGGGGGACCAGGCCGGAGGCAGGCUGCCGGGAGGGGGGAUUCCCUCGUGCCCCAAGGGCGAAUCUCAGGUCGGAGGAAGGGGCUGAGGGGAUUCCCUCUCCCACCGGGUCCGACUCUUCGCUCCCCAAGCCGCGAAGGGCCAGCUUCUUCCUCGGCGCCCUCCACGCCUGUUGGAGGUGAGGGAGGUGGAGGGAGGUGGUGCCCGCCCCCCCCCUCCGGCUCCUCCUUUCCCCCAGUCCUCCCCUCCCACCACCCUCCCCCCCAACCGGUCCGUCCCUCCCCUCCCUCCCUCCCCCCCGCCGCCUCCUCCUCCUGCCGCUGCCGCUGCUUUGGCUGCUGCGUCAUACGCCCCAGAGGCGCCGGGACGGAGGGGCUGGGCCUGGGGACCCCCCGGCCUCCGCCUGCACGCCCCCCCCCCACGCCCGGACGUGCCCUCUCUGCGCGGGGGACUCGCCUAGGUCUCCUACGUCUGCCCCUGCCCGGCUCCCGGCGGCCCCAGCUGUCACCGGCCCCCCCAGGAUGCAAUGGCGCAGCCCCCCCGGCUGAGCCGCUCUGGUGCCUCCUCACUUUGGGACCCAGCUUCUCCUGCUCCCACCUCUGGCCCCAGGCCUCGGCUUUGGGAGGGUCAAGAUGUGCUGGCCAGAUGGACUGAUGGGCUGCUAUACUUGGGUACCAUCAAAAAGGUAAGACCUUCUACCUCUGACCUUCUUCCUAGUUUCCUUAUCUAAUUCUGGUUCCCAUUUCAUCCUGUUUGCUCACCCAUUCCAGGUGGACAGUGCUAGGGAGGUGUGUCUGGUCCAGUUUGAGGAUGAUUCGCAGUUUCUGGUUCUAUGGAAAGACAUUAGCCCUGGUAAGACUCUAGAGACCUGAGAUUGCACAUCCCAUGGAAAACAAACCUGGCCUAGAGGGGCAGAAAGAGACUUAAAGGCAGGCCCCGUGACACUGUGUUCUCUCUCAGCUGCCCUCCCUGGAGAGGAACUCCUCUGUUGUGUCUGUCGCUCUGAGACUGUGGUCCCUGGGAACCGGCUGGUCAGCUGUGAGAAGUGUCGCCAUGGUGAGAGGGCAGGUCACCUGAAUGGUCCAGCUUGCUCUUCCCUCCAGGAUGGUCCCUAUGUCACCUGUCCUGGCCUUAGUCCCCAAGCCACUGUUCUGGCCAGGCGGCUUAGCCCUAUCUUAGUCCUCAUCUGCUUUCAGCCCAGGGAGAAGCAGCCAUGGAAAGGGGUGGUAUAACCUUUGCAGGCAGAAGAUGGUUUAAAUGCAUCCUUUUCUAACCAUAUGACCUCGGACAUGUCCCUUAACCUCUAGGAGCCUCUGUUCCCUGACUUGUAAAAUAAGGAUAAUGCACCCCCUCAUCAAGACCAUGGUCAGGGAUUAAAUGAGAUGGGUAAAGACUAUUCCUGUCCCAAUACCAAGCACACACAGGUAUGCAAUAAGUGGUCUACUAUUAUCACUCCAGCUUAUCACCAGGACUGCCAUGUUCCCAGGGCUCCAGCCCCUGGAGAGGGAGAGGGCACAUCCUGGGUAUGCCGCCAGUGUGUCUUUGCGAUCGCCACCAAGGUAAAGGCACUUCCCUGUUACCCUUCCUGUGGGAGCCUCCCAUCCACAGCCUCUCCCAAGCCUUUUCCUCUCCCCACCCCUCUGAAGCCACCCACCUAUCCUGUCUCUGCAGAGGGGAGGUGCCCUGAAGAAGGGCCCCUAUGCCCGGGCCAUGCUGGGUAUGAAGCUCUCUCUGCCAUAUGGACUGAAGGGGCUGGACUGGGAUGCUGGACAUCUGAGCAACCGACAGCAGAGUUACUGUUACUGUGGUGGCCCUGGGGAGUGAGUAAUGAGAGGGGAGCAGACUGUGGAAUGAAUGAUGUGGUGGUGGAUCCCAGGAAAUGAAGGAAAAAGAACAGGAUGAGGGUAGCACUCAGGGGGAUGGGAGGUAAGUUUAGGGUUUGGGACAGUUAUGGGGAAGGGGAUUUCUGGAGGCCAGAAGUCCUGUGUUCCCCCUCAGGUGGAACCUGAAAAUGCUGCAGUGCCGGAGCUGCCUGCAGUGGUUCCAUGAGGCCUGCACCCAGUGUCUGAGCAAGCCCCUCCUCUAUGGGGACAGGUGAGACCAAGGCAGACUCUCUAGGAGCCAAGGAUGCCCUCUUUCUUCGUGUUCCACCCUCAGUUCUCCCACGCCCUUCUCCACUCCAGUCUCUUCCCAACCUCUGCAGCGUUACCUCACCUGUUCGCCCCGUCCUUGCUUGUGAGUCUUCCAGGGUAUGGCAUAGUUUUCCUGUGUAAGUGUGUUUGCUCCCUCUUGCCCAUGUCCAGGUUCUAUGAAUUUGAAUGCUGUGUGUGUCGCGGGGGCCCUGAGAAAGUCCGGAGACUACAGCUUCGCUGGUGAGCUGGAUUGGGCAUGACCUCAGUGUAACUCCACACCCCAGUAUUUCACUCUAUAUGCCCCAACCUCCCACCUCAGGACUCCCCUGGCUCUUAAAAUGCCUCUGUGGUCUUGAAAACUUUGUUUUUCCAGGGUGGAUGUGGCCCAUCUUGUCCUGUAUCACCUCAGUGUUUGCUGUAAGAAGAAAUACUUUGAUUUUGAUCGUGAGAUCCUCCCCUUCACUUCUGAGAAUUGGGACAGUUUGCUCCUGGGGGAGGUAAGGGGUAGUGCAGUUUUGGGGGUUGGGAUGGGACAGGGAGAUGUAGUGGAAAGGGGAAGAGAAGAAAUCACUGCUCCCCUGGCCCCAUUUUUCUUCAUUUCUCCCAGCUUUCAGACACCCCCAAAGGAGAACGUUCUUCCAAGCUCCUCUCUGCUCUCAACAGCCACAAGGACCGGUGAGUUGGAGGGAAGAGGAGGCAAGGAUGAGGCUCGGAAAGAGAUGGAGAGUGGAAGCCUGGAAGGGGAGGGGCUUGCAACCCACCUGGAAGACUGUGACUGAAAAGGAUUGAGGAAUGGCGUAAGGAGGAACCGUUUUUUACAGCACUGACCCUAUAUCAUUUCUCUUCUUGCCCCAGUUUCAUUUCAGGGAGAGAGAUUAAGAAGAGGAAAUGUUUGUUUGGUCUCCAUGCUCGGAUGCCUCCCCCUGUGGAGCCCCCUACUGGAGAUGGAGCACUCACCAGGUCACUGGUCCAGGGGGGAUGGGGGAAAUUCUCAGGGUGUUAGUCCUGGGGGGGUAUAUGUAUAGAGAUGGGGAGGUCUUGGGGGUGUCCGGGAGGGGGCUGGGGGGAUAAGGAGGCCUCUUACAGCUUCCCUUCAGGGCAGGGCCCUGGGGGAGGGGUCUCACGUCCCCUGGGGAAGCGCCGGAGGCCGGAGCCAGAGCCCCUGAGGAGGAGGCAGAAGGGGAAAGUGGAGGAGCUGGGGCCACCCUCAGCAGUGCGCAAUCAGCCCGAGCCCCAGGAGCAGAGGGAGCGGGCUCAUCUGCAGAGGGCACUGCAGGUACCGGAGCAGGGGGAACCCUAUGGAGCAAAUGGUGGGGUGUGGGAAGGAGUCAAGGAUUAUCUCUCAGUCCUUUGCCCCCUCUUCUAGGCCUCAGUGUCUCCACCAUCCCCCAGCCCUAACCAGAGUUACCAGGGCAGCAGCGGCUACAACUUCCGGCCCACAGAUGCCCGCUGCCUGCCCAGGUCAGUGCUCCUCUGCCCCUCCCCCACAAAAUAUGCUCCCAAUUAUUCACAUCUUCUGGACUUUAUCACCCAGAAUUCUUUUCACUCUCCCCCUUGGCUACCCAGUUCUUGGCCUAGACCGACUUCUAGAACUAGUGUCUGGUAGCCAGUAUUCUGGGGAAGGGAGUCCCUUGGGGGUAGUGUUUAAGCUCCGCACUUCCCAGGGGGAGAAGGUCCUGUUCCCCUGCUUCAGGUCCUGACUUUCCCCACUCCAACCCCAGCAGCCCCAUCCGGAUGUUUGCUUCCUUCCACCCUUCUGCCAGCACCGCAGGGACCUCUGGGGACGGUGAACCCCCAGACAGGUGAGAUUCUGUCUUCUAUUACCAGUGAUGCUCCUCUUCCCCUCUAUGUGCUCAAGGCUCUUAGUCUCUAACGCUGUUUCUCUGAUUCACAUGUGCUCUCCAUUUCUGCCCAUUUCUUAAAAUUGCCUUCUCUCCCUAGGUCACCCCUGGAACUUCACAUUGGUUUCCCCACAGACAUCCCUAAAAGUGCCCCCCACUCGAUGACUGCCUCAUCUUCCUCAGUCUCAUCCCCAUCCCCAGGUCUUCCUAGACGCUCAGCACCCCCUUCUCCCCUGUGCCGUAGUUUGUCUCCUGGGACUGGGGGAGGAGUCCGAGGUGGGGUUGGUUACCUGUCCCGAGGGGACCCUGUCCGGGUCCUUGCUCGGAGAGUACGGCCUGAUGGCUCUGUGCAGUACCUGGUUGAGUGGGGAGGAGGGGGCAUCUUCUGAACAGCCUGCCUCUGCCCAGCUCCCCAUUCACACACACCGGCACUUUCAUACCCUGACCUCUGACCUCACCUACAGCUGGGAUGUACCUGGAGAGAUAGGGGGUGGUUCUCCCUACUGCCCAGGCUGGAAUCCAAGAGUGGGGGGUGGGGAAGAGGCUCUCUUCUCUACCCUCCUUCAUGAUUCCUGACCCCUCCCAUCCUUCCCAUUUCCUUUGAUGUUAUUUUGUUACAGCUUUUUAAAUAUUUUUUAAAGUUAUUUAACCCCUGGGGGCAGAGACUGAGGAGGGAGGAUGAUAAGGGAUCCCGGACUCUCUAUGAUUGAAAUAAAGAGAAAUAAAUCUA